GCCAGUCAAAGCCACCUAACAGUGCCAGUCAGUGCCGCCUAUCAGUGCCAGUCAGUGCCAUAUAUCAGUGCCCUACCAGUGCCUCCUCAUCAGUGCCCAUCAGUGCCACCUAUCAGUGUCCAUCAGUGCAUCUUAUCAGUGUCCAUCACUACAGCAUCAUUAGUGCACAUCAGUGAAGGAGAAAAAUCACUUAUUUACAAAAUUUUAUAACA